AUGAACGGCCAAUCACUGAAUGGGCAACCUGGCGGCCCCCGGAGUGUAAAGUGGCAGAACCUGCACCGUAAGUUGAAGGAAGAUAAGAUAGGAAUCAUGAUGAUACAAGAAGCCCACCUCUCACAACAAGAGGCAAACGAGCUUGAAGCCAACUACGACAGGAUGCGUGUAUUCACUUCGCCGACACCAGACCAUGAAGCGAGCGUGGGAGGUGUAUGCUUCCUAGUAAACCUGAAUGUCGUAGACGUCUCGAACAUCAAGCACAUAGUGCUCAUCCCUGGGAGCGCCGCCAUCCUCAAAUUCAACUGGCACAACAACAAGACGCUAACCCUACUAAACAUCUACGCACCAUCAUCGAGGGAUGCGGAGAGGAAAACUUUCUUCGAAAAUAUAGACAACAUGUACGACGAAGACCCAGAUCUCCCUAAACCAGACUACAUGGCAGGAGACUUCAAUAUGGUAGAAGACGCCUUCGAUAGAGCGUCGGGGAGAUCGAACUCCAACGCGGUAGUAGAUGCACUAUGGGACCUUAACCUGCGUUUUGGCCUACAAGACGCAUAUCGAACCAUCCACCCGACAGCACAAGACUUCACAUACCACAAAUUCGGAACACAAGACACCUGGUCGCGCAUCGACCGAGGCUACUUAACCCUACCCCUCAUCCCAUACGUGCUGAAAGUCAUAAUAGAAGAAGCUGGGAUAGGCUCGGACCACAAGAUGCUCGUGAUAGAGGUAGAAUGCCGCAAGGCACCUUACAUUGGGAAAGGACGCUGGUCAAUGCCGUUGAGGCUCCUCAAAGACCCCAAGGUAAUCAAAGCAAUAGAAGAACUAGGGCACGAGGCUCUAGCGGAGAUCGACGGAAUACAAGAGCGCUCGGACGAACACAACCCCCAACUAGUUAUCAGAGACUUCAAAGCAAAAGCAAAAAUCGCCAUUCGCAACCAUGACAAGAAGAUGACACAGGUCAACAUCAACAAGACCAUCGAUCGCCUCGUAGAGACGAAAGAGGAACUAGUGAGAUCAGGCCGGCUAGACACGGCCACCCUUAGCGAGAUAGACAAGAAGAUCAGAAAAGGGGUACAGCUCAAACACAACAAGCACCGAACAGCAGUACAAGCUACGGAUUUCCUCCGGGGAGGGACCCCUGGUAGAUACAUGACCUCGCAAAACAGGCCCAAAGCACCGAAAGAGAUCAUUGUACGACUGCAGAAACUCCCAGAUAUGGAUGAAGAACGCGCACGACGUCACGCCCGACGACUAGAGAACAACCCUGAGGAUAAGCAACCAAUAAACCAGGACGACGCCCAACCCGUCAUGGAGCUAGACCAUGAGACAAACCAAGAACGAGAUAGACAACGGCAGCAGGCAGAAGCAGACCGUUACCUGAGGCGCUCCGAAGACAUGGCGGAGGAGAUGGCAAUGUUCCAUGAGAACCUUCAGACCCAAGAUCCCCCGGAAUCUCCAGAAGCUCACCAAACCGCGACUAGAGAUGCAUGUGGUUUCGUAACCAACCGCCUAUCUGAAGACCAGGCGCAGCAACUGAAAGUACCAGCCACGAAAGAGAACCUGCGCGACACGCUCCGCUUGACGAAGAACAACUCGGCACCCGGUGCAGACGGAUUACCAUACGAAUUCUGGAAAAGAAUGGUCAAUAUUGCAGCAGAGAAGGAACGGAAGGGUGAAACAAACUUUGAUGCCCUCCGCCUGCUCACCGCCGUCUUCAAUGAUGUCGAGAACCAUGGCCACUGUAGCGCGGCGGGCCUAAAUGAGGGAGUAAUGUGCCCCAUAUUCAAGAAAGGAGACAGGUCACUAUGCAAGAACUACAGACCCAUCACCCUACUGAACACCGACUAUAAGCUCUACACCAAGUUCAGAGCGUUACAACUAGCCGAAGUAAUUGGUGAAAUCGUUCCCAUCCGCCAAGCGGGCUUUAUACCUGGGAGAUCCAUAUACAACAACAUAGCCCUGACCCGGAUGAUUAUAGCAUAUGCAGAGGCAUACGAGAUAAACGGCGCUAUCGUCCUCUUGGACCAAGAGAAGGCGUACGACAAGGUAGACCUCCGCUACCUGUGGGCAGUAGUACGGGAGUUCGGCAUACCCGAAGAAUGGGUCAGGCCGGUAGAAUCCCUAUACGAGGAAGCAACAUCAAGAGUCAUUAUCAACGGAGUCGCAAGCGAGCCCUUCCGGGUAUACAGGGGGGUCAGACAAGGAGACCCACUAUCGUGCCUGCUCUUCGUACUAGCGAUUGAACCAUUGGCCGAAAUGCUUCGUCAAUCCGACCUGAAAGGCUUCGAAAUCCCAGACAGCAUAGAGCGCCUCAUAGCCACGUUAUUCGCAGACGACACAACAGUGUACCUGAGCGAAGAUGACGACUUUCAAGACCUUACAACCAUUCUCAACAGAUGGUGCAAAGCAUCAAGAGCAAGAUUCAACAUCGAGAAAUCCGAAGUCAUACCAGUAGGAACGAAGGUGUACCGAACAAGGGUCCUAAACGAGAGACGCCUGAAAUCCGAACAUCCACCGAUACCAGCAGAUGUUCUCAUGGUGAAAGACAACGACGCCCGGCGGUCCUUAGGAGGCCGGAUCGGCAACGCUCUGUCGACGGAUGCAAUCUGGACGCAAGUUAUGAAUAAACUCGACGGUCGCCUAUCCUUCUGGGCGAACAAAGAUAGAUAUCCGGAGCUCCGCUCGCGGAAAAUGUUCACAGAUUGGUUAACCUCAGGAAUGACCCUCUUCCUGACCGCCGCGCAAGGAAUGCCGCAGCUUAUAGAAAAAGCCAUCAGCAAAAGGCAACUAGCCUUCUUCUGGAAGGGUAAGAAAGGCCCGACGGUCAACCAAAUGACCCUAUCCCGCUCGAAACUCGAAGGCGGAGUGGGGAUAAUCCACAUCGCAUGGCGUAAUGACGCAGUGCGCCUGAUGCGACUCAAAGCCCUAGUAGCCAAGGACUCGACAUGGGGUGCCUUCGCGCUCAAGCUCGUCGCUAGAACACUGGGAUGCGCCGGCUAG